CAACUUUCUGUACAAUCUGAUUGGGCCAUUGGAGUUUGAGUGGUUGUAUUUGACCAUCUGAAAUCUGAAAAAUGUUUCCUUGAAUCACUGUUAGUUUGUAUUUUUUUGUGUACUCAUAUAUAUAUAUAUAUAUAUAUAUAUAAAAUGAAGAGUAUAUUUCUCCGCCCUCAUUUCGUUCCUAUAACACUUACGCAUUAACUUUGUCAACUAUAAACUCAGUUUAAUUUAUUUUGACUAACAAAACUUAGAUUUUAGUAUCUAGUACCAUAAUCUGUUGUUUUUAGGAGAAAUAGUAUUUAGUUCAUAUGCUAAAAUAUUACACUUGUACAUUUUUGUGUUACAUUUGUCUCAUCAUUGUCAUCGAGGCAAGGACAAGAACAAAGGAUUAUGAUAAAAACUUGGGCGUGAAAGCAGUAACAAGACUGUGUGGUAUGGAAGGAGAGGAAUGCAUGGAUGAUUUCAAUUGUUGUGAAGAGUAUGAAUGCAGCCCUGAUUUACAAUGUCAACUUAGAAAUGCUAGAAAUAAAAUUGUUGGAUCUUAUCGAAAUUUAUGUGUAGCUGAUUAUGAUUGUCCACCAGGAUGGUGUUGUGAAGGCAAAUUAUAUGCACGUCGUUGUACACAAGAUUGUGGUAGAAAAACUGAACCAGAUGUUGUUCCAGCUGGAAGUUAUUAUGGACGACAAUUUUGGAAUUUAUGGGCACAUAAACGUCAUAUGGAUCGUAAUCAUUAUUGAACAUUUGAUGGAUAAAUCAAACAAAAAUAUUAUUCUCUUAUUUAUUCACUAAAGAAUAUUUGAAAACUUUAAUUUGGUUGUGAUAAACAGUAAUGGUUGUGAUAUAACCGGUUGUGAAUAAACUUCAUUUCAUUUGAAUUUUAGAAGAAAGUUUAAAACUGUGUUUACUUAUAAAUCAAUUAAAUUAUUCUCAUUACCA